AUGUCGAGACAAAAUGGUAGUGUUAUCCUCGAUAGAGUACUUUCUUUCAAAGAUGAUAUACCCUUCUGUCUUAUAUUAGAUUCACUAAUACAAUCUUCUUACUAUCUACUUCAAGAGGUUGCUCAUCGAUGCAAUGACAGAAUCAUAUACUUGUCUUAUGAAACAGUUAACAGGCCGGCAUAUGCUACUAGUUAUCUAGAGUGCUCAGAUAAAUCAAUUAGUGAUAUAAAGCUUUUUGUUCAUGAUCUGAUAAAGAAGAAAGAAACAAGUAAUAAGAUAAUAGUGUUGGUAGACUCUUUAAAUUAUAUUCCUUGUGACUUGUUGCCAUCAUUCAUAUCCAACAUAAGUCAUCCCAAUAUAACUCUAUUGGGCGUCUUCCACACCAACUGUCCACAAGCAAGAGACCCACUUACAAAUUAUCCUCUGGCCAUAAAUUUGUUGCUCUAUUUUGCAACAGCUUAUUUUGAAAUGGAACCUAUAUUGGGCGGAAAGAUAGAGGAGGAAACUGUGGAAAACAUUGGAACGAAGCUACAAUUUCCUGCAACCUCAUUAUUGAAUCAAAAUUCCUUUAAGCUAAGCUUGACGAAGAAAAGAAAGUCUGGUCGUUCUUCAACAUACAACUACAUUUUGAAUACAGCUACUCACACUCAUGAAAUUUAUAAAGAAACCCAGGACGACGUUGAAGAUGAGGCUUUGUUCAAGGGUCUCACAACGUUCAACCUUAAUACGAAUAACAAACAGAAAUUAGCUAAAGAACAAAUUGAAUUACCUUUUAUGCAAGCCCAAGAGGAAUUGGGAUCAUAUGGUGGUGCAAUUGUAUAUCAAUAUGAGAAGGAUGAUGAUUACGAUGAAGAAGACCCUUAUGAAGAUCCAUUUUGA